AUCUCCAGUGUUAUUUCGAAUACUGUAGAGGCAGGUUCGCAUGAGCAACCCGUACGAACCCAAGUUGAACUCCUUCGCGUUCGUCCGGUGUAAAGAGUGACUGUGAUAUGACCGCGCACUGACUAACUCAAACGCCAGUUUUUCGAAACAGUGAAAUGGUCCGACUAAAGUAAAAAAAAAACUCGCGAUGUGGCUGCAGCUGGUGCUGAACUUGGUGUUCUUCGCGACUUCCUCUCUCGCGAGCCGCUUCGACGGGCCCGAGGGCUGCUCCUGGCUCCCGGACAACAACGACACGUCUUCGUCGAAGUUUGCGGUGACGUGCCGAGUGCGGACUUUGGACGGCAGCGGCGCCAACAUCAGCGCUUUGCCCGCCGAAAUCACCUCGAAGUUGCGCAUCUUCUGCAGCGAUGUGUUGUUCUUCGAAAGCGCGCUUCCCACGCAAGGUUUGCAGCGGCUGCACGAGCUCGAGGAGCUGCAGGUCGCCAGCUGCAAGCUCCUGGCCGUCGAGCCCAACUCGCUGAAAGGGCUGUAUAAUCUGAAGAGGCUGACCGUCAACACGCACAACGCAGACUGGGGCCCGGGAAAGGCGCUGGACAUCAACGCCGACAGUCUGGCCGGGCUGAAGGAGCUGCAGGUGUUGGAUCUGGGCUACAACAACAUCCGGGCUAUAGUCGACGGCACCUUCUGCGAUCUCGCCAAUCUGCAAACGCUGAAUCUCACCAGAAAUCGAAUCAAGAGUCCGGAGCGAUUCGGGUUUAAUUUGCCCGAGUGUAGCAACAGUGAACUGCAGAACUUAGAUUUGUCGUUUAACGAACUAAGGGCGCUGACUGAGAAUUCCGGCUUUUCGAGACUUCGACGGCUGCAACAGCUCGACUUGAAGAACAAUAACAUCAGCGAUAUUUCCGGGGAGGCCUUGGCCGGAUUAGUGUCGUUGCGAAUACUGAAUUUGGCGAACAAUAAAAUCGAGAGCCUUCCGGUGGGGCUGCUGGCCGGAACGCGAGAGCUCCGCGAGAUCCAUCUCCAAAAUAAUUCGUUGUUUUCGCUGGCCAAGGGCCUGUUUCACCGACUCGAACAACUGUUGAUCCUCGACUUGUCGGGCAAUCAACUCACCAGCAAUCAUGUGGAUGCCAGAACAUUCGCAGGUCUUAUUCGUCUCAUCGUUUUAAAUUUGUCGCACAACGCUUUGACGCGCAUCGACAGCAAAACCUUCAAAGAUCUGUAUUUCCUCCAAAUAUUGGAUCUGAGGAAUAACUCGAUCGGCUUUGUUGAAGACAACGCUUUUAUUCCUCUCUACAAUUUACACACUCUGAAUCUGGCCGAAAACCGUCUCAACACCAUCGGCCCGCUAUUAUUCAACGGCUUGUUCGUGCUCAGCAAACUCACUCUGAACAAUAAUUUGGUGGUAAGCAUCGAUUCGACAGCUUUUCGUAAUUGCUCCGCCCUGAAAGAGCUCGAUCUCAGUUCGAACGCCUUGCAAGAAGUGCCCGACGCGCUGAAAGAGCUGUCCUUCCUGAAAACGCUAGACCUAGGCGAAAACCAAAUCAGCGAGUUCCGUAACGGUUCGUUCAAAAAUCUGAACCAACUCACGGGGUUGAGGCUCAUCGACAACAAUAUCGGAAACUUAACCCGGGGGAUGUUGUGGGAUUUGCCGAGCUUACAAGUGCUUAAUCUCGCCAAAAACAAAAUUCAAAGCAUCGAGAGAGGAACUUUCGAAAGAAAUACGCAACUCGAAGCCAUCCGCCUCGACGAGAAUUUUCUGACGGACAUUAACGGUGUGUUCGCGACACUCGCGAGUUUGUUGUGGUUGAACUUAUCGGACAAUCAUCUAGUGUGGUUCGAUUACGCGUUUAUUCCGAGUAAUCUCAAGUGGCUCGAUAUCCAUCGUAAUUUUAUCGAGCAUUUGGGGAAUUAUUACAAGAUCCAGGACGAGAUUCGGGUUAAAACGUUAGAUGCUAGUCAUAACCGAAUUACGGAACUGUCUCCGAUGUCGAUUCCGAAUAGUGUCGAAUUGGUGUUCAUCAACAACAAUUUCAUCAAGACGGUACAGCCGAACACGUUCCUGGAUAAAAGGAGUCUGGCUCGGGUGGACAUGUAUGCGAACGAUUUGGUGAAUUUGGACAUGAAUGCGCUGAGAUUGUCGCCGGUGCCGCCGAACCGGUCUCUGCCCGAGGUCUACCUGGGGGGCAACCCCUUUCACUGCGACUGCACCAUGGAGUGGUUGCACCCGAUGAAUAACAUGUCCGCUUCCAGACAAUACCCGCGAGUGAUGGACCUAGACAACGUCAUGUGCAAAAUGACGCACUCUCGGGGGAUGUCGCACAUGUCCUUGACCAGAGCGAAACCCAGCGAUUUCUUGUGCACUUACGAGACUCACUGUUUCGCCCUGUGUCACUGCUGCGAUUUCGAUGCCUGCGAUUGCGAGAUGACCUGUCCGAAUAAUUGUUCCUGUUAUCACGACCAGACCUGGAACACCAACGUCGUUGACUGUUCCGGCCAGAACGCCAACGAGAUCCCGCACAGAAUUCCCAUGGACGCCACGGAAGUGUACUUGGACGGUAACGACUUGAAAGAGCUGCAGAAUCACGUUUUCAUCGGCCGAAAAAAUAUGCGAGUGUUGUACGUGAACAACAGCGGCAUCGAAACGAUCCAAAAUAGCACUUUCAACGGUGUGCACAUGCUGCAGAAGUUGCAUCUCGAGGACAAUAAAAUCUACUCGUUGGAAGGGUACGAGUUCGAACAUUUAUCGAAUUUAAAGGAACUGUAUCUGCAGAAUAACGUGAUUUCGCACAUUGGGAAUAAGACCCUCGAGCCGUUAAGGAGCUUGGAGAUGUUGCGAUUGGACGGUAAUAAAUUGGUGGUGUUUCCGGUGUGGCAGUUGUCGUCGAAUUCCCGUUUAUCCGAGAUAAGUUUGGCGAAUAAUCGGUGGUCGUGCCGGUGCAAGUUCCUCCAGGAGUUCACCGCGUGGGUGGGCGACAACGCCCCCAAGAUCGUCGACAGUGCCGCGAUCCAGUGCUACAACGGCGAGUCGUCGCCGCCGCAGCGCCGCGACCUCGACUUCAACAGCACCGCGUGCAGUGAUUUUUACGCCGGCAGUUCCGUCAUCGACUCCAUGCUGGUCUCGGACUACUGGAAGAUGGUCGUGGUGACGCUGUGCAUCGUGAUUCUGCUCCUUCUGGGCGUCGUCCUCUGGUUCGUGUUCCGCGACCCGGUGCGAGUGUGGCUGUAUUCGCGCUACGGUAUCAGACUGUGCAGUUUCCGUGCCGCCGCCGCCAAGCAGUACGAGGACCGGGACAAACUCUAUGACGGGUUCGUGUGCUACAGCCCCAAGGACGAGGAGUGGGUGGUGCAGGCCCUCGCCGCCGAGCUGGAGUCCGGCUUCCAGCUGUGCCUGCACUACCGCGACUUACCGCACGCCGCCUACCUGCAGCACGCCGCCCCCGCCGUGCUGGAGGCGGCCGAGGCCAGCCGCCGCGUCAUCAUCGUCCUCACACGCAACUUCCUGCAGACGGAGUGGUCACGCUUCGAGCUGCGCCAGGCCCUGCACGAGGCCCUCAAGGGCCGCGUCUUCAAGCUGGUGGUCCUCGAGGAAGGGCCGCUGCCGGAGGCCGAGUUGGAGCCCGAGCUGCGGCCGUAUCUGAAGACGGGCAACCGGGUGCGCUGGGGUGAGAAGAGGUUCUGGGAGAAGCUGAGGUAUGCGAUGCCGUCGGGCGAGCCGAGGGGGAAGAUCAACGCCAAUUACCGCCGCAACAUCAACAAUUACACGAUCGACUCGAGGGUGGUGGCCAACGGCACCCAGAGCCACACGUACCCGGAGAAGAUCAAGCCGCAGGGUCCGCCCUCGCCAGGUAUGCAGAUGUUCCCGCCGCCGGCGUAUUCGGCGGCCGGGGCGCCCCACGAAACCGACGACGCCAACUACUCCUCGGCGACGACGGCCACGCCGUCCCCCAGGCCCAUGCGGCGGGCGCAGGAACCGCGGCCCAUCUCCGAUCACAUCUAUUCCAGCAUCGAUUCCGACUACAGCACCCUGGAGCGUGGGGGCGGGGGGUCCGGCAGGAGAGGUCCGCCAUGGAGGCCCCACGUCAUGAUGCAGACUGCAGGCGUCAACAACGGCGGCCAGGCCUAUCUCGUGUGAUAACUUAACUGACUGACUAGGUAUACAUAAAGACUCGUACUGAACAAUAUUUAAAAGCAUAAUGACAAACUUUUGAGUCGAAAACGUGUAAUUUUAUUGUUUGUAUUAUUUUUGUACAUUACCUGUAAAUAGAUAAAUAUUUAUUUGUUUAUUAAUUUUUUUUUGUAUCAUUUUGUGUAUAUUUUUUACGACUUGCAAAACGAAUUAUUACAAUAAAUGCGAUGUGAAAUUUA